GCGAGGAUGAACAGUGAGAUGAAUGAAGCAAAAGUGGAAGGAAAUCAAUUUGUGUGCCUUUGCAAGAGCUUCUAAGGAAAGUGAAAAUUGUUAAAUCCGAAGUGUUGCGUAUUAUUGACAGCCCCGCAACUAGGGGCAGGUGAAAAGUGGCCAACCCGAAAGGUUCCGAGGAUGGCUCCUACAGUCGGAUCAGCGGUGCAAGUGGAAGCCCCAAGGAUGAUGAUUUCUUAGUUAGAGUUCGUGCACAAGUAAUGGCCAGAGAUGAAAGUACUGAAGGUUGGUUACCACUUCAAGGCGGUGGCCUGGCAAACGUCUCCAUACGCAAACGCGCACGACUGCCACCGGAUGGUGGCGGUCACGAGUACAUCAUAUACGGACAAAGAAUAUCUGACCAAACAGUUAUCCUAAGUUGUGUUAUCAAUAGAGAUUUGCAGUACUUCAAAGUAAUGCCUACGUUUCACCACUGGCGCGCCGGUAAGCAGCGGAAUGGGCUUACCUUCCAAACGGCGGCCGAUGCGAGAGCUUUCGACAAAGGAAUCAUCCGUGCCUACGAUGACCUGAUCGAUGGCAUGGCUGAUUACACCACGCACAACAAAUACAACGAUGUCGAUAAAGUUGGCGAGGAUGAUGUAUUUAUGACAUUGGAUCUCCCGGUUGAACCCUCUGAAUCACGAUCGAAUUCCGAAGGCAGCGGAAGUCAUCAAAGCGUCGAUAAACAAUCACAGCAGCAGCAAUCCAGUAUUCAAUACAUAUCGGGCGAUAAACCAUCACCUCUGUUAAAGCCUGGUGAUGAUAAAGUUACUCCAAUAGUACCUGCUGACAACUAUUCGUACGUUCAGAUCACUGAUCCGUGCGACAUCAAGUUAAAAUAUAACUUUUAUAACUUGAAGGUGCAUGAGUUCAACUACCCGGUCGUUGACGAACCAGUCGGAUCGAUCAUCAGCGGACGGCGUGACUCAACGUCCAGCCUGAAGAAACGGAAUGCUCUCGACGCACCACCGAUGAAGGAGGCAACACUCAUCAAAACCCGAUUACGCUGCAGAUAUUGCCAAGAGUUCUACAACGACGAAUGGAACCAUAAAGGCUCGUGUGAUUAUGCACCAGAUUGUUUUAAGACCGCUAUCGAGAAUAUGUCCGGUAUGUUGUGCGCUCGCUGCAUGCUGUAUCACUGUAUGAAGGAUUCAGAAGGGGAAACGGCUUCCCAUCCCUGCUCGUGUUCGGCGGAGUCAGGAUGCACAAAACGAUGGAUUGGAUUGGCUCUGCUGUCGCUCAUAGUGCCCUGUCUGUGGUGCUAUCCACCAUUACGCGCCUGUCAUUCGAUCGGCGUUUCGUGUCGGCUGUGCGGUGGAAAGCAUAAACCGCAAAUUUGACAUCCGAUCAAGAUCAUCAACCUAACAAGUAUUAAUCGGCUUGACUGAUAGCCGAUGAGCAGCUCUCAAAGCUCUUACUGAAUAGCUACUAGUACACACGUAAAAAGAACAUAGUACGGAUUAUGCCGUAUUGUGCACUUAAAAAAGUGAAAAAAUAAUAAAAAAAGAGUUAAUCAUAGACCCACGAGUAACACAGAAACUUACCAAAGUGAUAAGAAAACAAACAGAAGUUGAACGUUGAAAAAAUAGCAUCAAACUCAAAUGCAAAGAAUAAUGAAAGUUCUGUUACAACUGAACAAUAAAUAAAAAUUAAAGAAGAAACACGAAUAUCGCUACAUGUAGAGGAAGUCAAAAGUAAAAAAAAAACAUUCGUUGAUGUCUAACUCUAGCAAACAAAAAUAGAACAAGCAGCCACAUCAAACUAGCGAAAUCAAAAGCCAAACGCGCAAAACCAAGAAAACUAGGUACACAGUAAUGAGUAUACAAUAAAUGAAGGGAUUACAGGACGAGCAGUGUUACCACGUUGUGGUAAAACAAAAUAAAGGAAACGGCAACAUCAACCAUUUCAUUAUUAACUGUCGAACUGGACUCAACCGCGUUAAAUUGAAAGGUUGCGCUAACAGGAACAAAACUUUACCAGUCAUAAAAUUUAUGAUUGAACAAGAGACAAGAGUGCAUAUUUUAGAAGUAAUUAAAUAGUCCUUUUCUGUUGUCGUAGCAUCAAGCAAACAAAAAGUGUGCUGCAAAGACAUAUAGAUGUCUUAUUUGUAUCUGGCGUUGCAAGGUAUUACUGUUCAGUUCAAAUGGAUCUAGAUAAUGAUAAUUGGUACUGUAACAGAUGAUGUAAAUGCUGAUGAAUAAAUAAAUUUAAUAGCAAAACACCCGUUUCUUAUCAAAGGUUCUUCGUUCAACGUCUGUAAAAUGAUGAACGAAAGAAUGAAUCGUUCAACUCUAUGUGACUGUUUUUACAUUGUUUCGGAAACAAAACUUUAAACAUAGGUUCGUAAUUUUUAUAGAUUUGUUAUAUAUUUACUAGUUUACAUUAUCUUCAUUUGUUUGGUGAGUUAUCACAAACGAAGAGGAAAAGAACGUCAACGUAUAUGUAAGAAAUGUAUGCGGUAUAGAUAUAUAACUAUGUAAAUUAUAAUUAAAUUAAAGAAUACAUAAUGCAGAGCUAUUUAAGGUAACGAAACAUAGUUUAAGGUUCAACAGUACAUUAACUUAAUCAUUGCAACAGAACGUGUAAAGCCAAACUUCAUCUUGUUUUGUCUUUUGCUAAAAAACGAGCUGUGCUCAAUAAAUUCUAUCAUUUGUUAGUUGAUCCCAGCUGAUCGCAUGGAUCAUUUACAAAGGAACCCUCAAUAAGACUAUGCAUCCUGAGGAAACGUUGAUAUUUUCGCCUAGAAAAUUCUCCCGCUAAACGAGAGAUGUCUUCUACUCUCCCAACAGUUCUGUGCCAUAUGGAUGCCUACUCCUGUGAGUGGUUCUUGCAAAAUGACUCUGUGAUACUGGCGGGGCAUCACCCGACAUUGUGGAACAUAGCGAAUGCGAAGUCAUUGUUCAAAGCAGAGAAAUAAGUAUUGUGCUAAUCAUUUACCUAAAUUGUCAUCUAGCCAGGGUCGUCCUUGCUUAUCUAUGUUCGGGGGUACACAAUAUCUGAAAGGUCGGCGUGGCUUUCGCAAUGGGCUCUGCGAAUGCCAAGCAUGACCCUAUAUUGUCGAACAACACACGAAAUCAAAGGUGAAAAAUGUUUAUCUAAUGGGAUUAUGCAUUCUGCAUCAAACAUCUAUGUUUUAGUAUAAUGAAGAGUCUAAUUAGGACUAUUGAAGCAUAAUAUUGAAUAAAUGAUGAAAUAAAAAUAUAUUACAUGGAAAUAAACCAGUACGAGGACAUUUAAAGAUGCAUAAAAUUUACUUCCACCAGGGAAUAUUUAUGUGUAUAUUUCAAUGGGAAAACGACCGGAAAUAGACUAACCCAACAUUUUACCAACAUUGAUCAUGAGACCUUUUGAUUUUGUUUUGUCGGAAAGGAUCUCAUUUAACAGAACUAUAUCAUUGUUUCAAUGUACUGAAAUUUUGUUCUAACCGUUUUAGUUCAAUCAUAAACAUGACUUAAUCAAAAUCUCAAGAUUUCAGUUUCUAUCAUCCAACCCAUUAAUAUAGCCUUUCUCAAUUUUUUCACCAGUAAGUUGCCAUUUUCGUUCUUUGGAACUAUAGGGAGAAAAUACUAAACUCAAAAAAUAAUAGCCUAUUAAGGAUGGUAGAAACAAUACAAACAGACUUCACACGAAAUUUAAAAAAUAAAGUAAUCUAGUACGAAGAAAAGAGUGAAAUACAUAGAUCAACAGAACCAGUUUCAAACAGCAUACAAUCUUUCGAUCUUUAAAUAUAUUGAGUUUCCAACGCAAAAUGCAACUAAAUUUUUCAGGAAUAUAUUAAACGGUGUCACACAUUUGCGUAUUUCUUUUUAUUUUGUGGCAAAUGAUAAUAAUUGUGGAGGUAAGUACUAAAUUCGAUUUUGGUAAAAUAAUAAUUUAAUACAUGACAGAGAAUAAACAAAAAUUCAUUACUUUUAUGUUUUAAUAUAUAUUUAAUAAAAUUAUGAUCAAGAUGAAUAUUAGUAAAAAUGAAAAGUAAAGUAAAUGAGAG